AUUGCAAAACUACAUACGUAACAGACGCUUUUCGCACGAAAAUUGAAAUAAUAAAUUGUUGAAGCUGUUUCAUUGAAUGUCCAAUUAGAAUAUUUUCACGAUAGGAAUUUUCUAACUUUGCAAUAUAUGAAGAUUAUAUUCAUGAUAAUGUUAUGUCUCAGAACGAAACUAAACAUAACCCAAAUUAUAUAUGUUACGUACAAAGUACAUAACAGCUAUUUCUUUAUUAAUAUCUUAUUAUCGCUACAGAAGUUUAGACAGAAAUUUGUCGAAUGCGUAUUCUUUUCAUAUUACAUUAUAUUGCAUAUAUAAAUUGCUCACAAAUUUAUAACCAAUAUUAAUGCUCUAUUCUUGUUUUAAAAUUUAUACAGUACACAUAUUUUAUAAUUUAAAAAGCAAAAUAUAAUUCCAUUUGAGAAAUAAUUAAAUGUAUGGCAUCCACUGACUCCGCUGACCAUGGAUUCCUUAUGUUACGGUCACAUAUACAAGAGUUACCGUGAGAUCUAAAACGUCAGCAAAAAUGAAACGUCCAAUGGGCCCACGAGUUUUCCCUACUCCUACUCCUAAAUUUUUGUUUUCCCCACCUUGACAAAGAAGGUAAGGGUUAGAGGCUUGUCGCGAAAUUUCAAUUAUUGCAGUACGACUUCUUGCUUCUUGAAGACACCUCUCCUGGGUCUAACCUGGCAAGUGUUUUGGGACAGAGAAAAUUCGCGAUUCGCCCGUCCGCGACCCGGAACCUGAAUUUCUCGUUGAAAUUUAGGGCAGACGUUUGGUAAAAAGUGGAUCCGCAGUGAGUUUUUACACUAUUGUGUGAGACGGCCGGUUGCAUAGAUAUUGCCCGCGUCCACUCGCCUACAGGUGCAAUUUCACAACUUAAAGAAAAUUGCGCGAAUCUGACGUCGCGAUUUUCUGUAAGAAUAAAAAGAAAAGAAUUUUUGCCUGACGGAGGUUUUGUGAUUCGAAAGAGGAACAGCUCCGCCGGUAGUUUGCGAGACCGACGGAUCUGAGACAGUGGCGAAACUAAGAAUUGGGGGCCCGCAAAAAGCACAAGGAGCCCAUGGCCCCUCCAGCUGAAAAGGCUUCUCGCUUUGCGGGUUCCAGCGGGGAUGUAGUUACGCCACUGAUCUGAGAUCAAAAUAAAACUAAAGGGGGAUCUCAGGGGUCGGUGCGCUCAAAGAGAAGAAAUGAAAAAUCAUGCAGCUGAACGGAUCUCAUAAGAAAGCUGCAUGAUAAUAUCUGGCUGCAUCAGAUGAUUUUAAAACCCAGAUGUCUAAACGCGGUGCUUGUUUGGUGGUCCAGAACUCAACUUAUAACUAUAAAAGAGAGAAUGGAAUUAUGGACCUCUUUGGAACAAAAUGAAGUCGUUGUUUCCAAUAGGUUAAAGAGAAACCUGUACCAGGUUGUAAAAGCUGCUAAAAGGAUGAAUAUAAGCCAAGAUCCCAUUUCUGGAUACAUGUUUUUUUCUUCAACGCCGCACCCCCAUACUUGUUCAUCCUUUACUUCAUCUACGCCAAACGCCAAUGCUGCGUCAUUACUUCAACGUCCUCGACACAUCCAGCGUGCUCGUAUUCGUCUUCUUCAACAACAGCCGAUGGCACAUGAGAAGAACCACAAUUGUCUAUGGCCAGUUUAAAGAUCAAUUUAUAAAAAACAUCAAUAGUUACAUAAAAUGUAACUAUAAACGUAAAUUCUUAAACAUUUCGGACCUCAUAACGUUAGACGAAGGUGGCAAUUAUUUUGCUGCCGUGAAAUGUUCCUGCUUGUCAAAAACUAAAAAAGAUACAAAUGAGUGAAACGCGCCGGAUGACGUCGAAUUUUUAUACGCAUAUGGACAAGCAUAAGCUAAAACGUAACACGAGUUCAGCAUUGAAGUUGGCGACAUUGCUCGAAGAGAAGGAGGACGACAGUGAAGAUGGGUCAAAUGAAGAUGACUUAACCAUCAGGAGAUGUUAGUUGUAAACUAUUUUAGAAAAUUGUGAUUUUUUGACAAAUUUAUAAACAUAUUUUCAUUAUGAAUUUAUUUUGAAGUAUUUUAGUUAAUAUCUUAAUAUUUUAAUUUUAGUUAUAAUUUUUUAAUUUUUAUUAUAUUCCUUAUACAUAUUUUAGUACUUUAUGUAUGAAUGGACACUGCCAAUAUAAAUGUUAUAAAUAAAUAUUUUGAUGUAAUUUGACUUCAGAAGUCAAUGCCUCAAUAUCUCAAAACGAGAAAGAGCUAAAGGCUUCAAUUUUUUUUAAAUUGUAGGUCUCUCCGUGGGACAUAAAAUGAAAGUAUUUUUA